UCUUGUUUCAGAAUAUUUUUGACAAUUCUGAAGCCUUAAUAAAAGAAAUGCAUUCUGCUAUAUAAGUGAGUAAAACAUUGACAUAGAGGUCACGCCAAGUCCCAGACAUGACAACUUUCCAAAAGGUUCAUGCUCUAGCCUUUCAUAUACUCUUGCUAGCUUUGCUUCCAUUGAAAAUCCUUUCAUCACCAACAGCAGAAGCAGAAGCCCUUGUCAAAUGGAAAAACAGUCUCUCCCCUCCUCUUCCUCCUUCUCUAAACUCAUGGUCUCUCACCAACCUUUCCAACCUUUGCAUUUGGGAUGCCAUUGUUUGUGACAAUACCAACACAACAGUCUCACAGAUAAACUUGUCUGCUGCCAAUAUCACUGGGACUCUCUCUGAUUUUGAUUUUGCUUCCCUCUCUAACCUCACCCAACUCAACCUCAAUGCCAACAAUUUUGAGGGGUCAAUACCAUCAGCAAUUGGUAACCUCUCCAAGCUCACACUGUUGGACUUGGGGAACAACUUAUUUGAAGACACACUGCCUAAUGAGCUAGGCCAGCUAAGGGAGCUUCAAUACCUCAGCCUUUACAACAACAAUCUCAAUGGCACCAUUCCUUAUCAGCUCAUGAAUCUCCCUAAGGUAUGGUACAUGGACCUUGGAUCUAAUUACUUUAUAACUCCUCCUCACUGGUCCCAAUAUUCAUGCAUGCCUUCCUUGACACGCCUUGCCUUACAUCUAAAUCCAUCACUCACUGGUCAAUUCCCAAGUUUCAUACUGGAGUGCCAUAACCUCACAUACCUUGACAUCUCUCAGAAUGGAUGGAAUGGCAGUAUACCAGAAUCCUUGUAUACCAAUUUGGGCAAGCUAGAAUACCUCAACCUCACCAACAAUGGGUUUGAAGGAAAACUGUCACCCAACUUGUCCAUGCUUUCUAAUCUCAAAGAACUCCGUAUUGGUAAUAACAUGUUUAAUGGUCCUGUUCCCACUGAGAUAGGAUUCAUAUCCGGGCUUCAAAUUCUUGAACUGUGUAACAUUUCUGCCCAUGGAAAAAUUCCUUCUUCCAUAGGCCAACUCUGGGAGCUAUGGCAUCUUGAUCUUAGUAUAAAUUCUUUUAACUCUACAAUCCCUUCGGAGCUUGGCCUGUGCACAAAUCUAUCCUUCUUGAGUUUAGCAGUGAAUGAUUUGACUGGUCCUUUGCCUUUGUCAUUAGCUAGUCUGUCUAGAAUAUCAGAAUUGGGAAUAUCACAUAAUUCCUUUUCUGGUGAACUUUCUGCCUCGCUCAUCUCUAACUGGACCCAGUUGAUCUCCUUGCAAAUCCAAAACAAUAACUUUACAGGAGAGCUUCCUCCACAUAUUGGCCUGUUGAAAAAACUUAACUUCCUCUAUCUGUUCAAUAAUCACUUCUCUGGUUCCAUUCCUGUAGAGAUUGGAAACCUGAAGGAAAUACGAGAGUUAGACCUUUCACAAAACCAAUUCUCUGGCCCACUUCCACUAACUCUUUGGAGUCUGACAAACAUUCAAGUCAUGAAUCUUUUCUUCAAUGAGCUCUCUGGAACCAUCCCCCCGGAUAUUGGAAACUUGACCUCACUCCAAAUCUUUGAUGUCAGCAACAAUAACAUGUAUGGGGAGUUGCCAGAAACCAUUGCUCAACUAACCGCUUUAAGAAAUUUUUCUGUGUUCAGCAAUAAUUUCACCGGCAGCAUUUCUAGACAAUUUGGAAAGAAUAAUCCUUCUUUGGCUCACGUCUACCUUUCAAACAACAGUUUCUCGGGAGAAUUGCCACCUGACAUAUGCAGUGGGAGCAAGCUAACAAUUUUCUCAGUCAAUAACAACAGCUUUUCAGGGCCAUUGCCAAAGUCCUUUAGAUAUUGUUCAUCACUAACUAGAGUUCGGCUUGAUGAUAACCAGCUCACUGGAAACAUCACAGACGCAUUUGGGGUUCUCCCAAAUCUUGUUUUUAUCUCACUUAAUUUAAAUCAACUUGUUGGUGAGCUAUCCUCGCUGUGGGGCGAGUGUGCCAGCUUAACCAGUAUGGAUAUGGGAAGCAACAAACUUUCUGGAAAAAUUCCUUCUGCGCUAAGUAAGUUGAGUCAAUUAAGGUAUCUAAGCCUUCAUUCCAACGAUUUCACUGGUAGUAUCCCACCCGAAAUCGGAAAUCUAAGCCUGCUUUACACGUUCAAUCUGAGCAGUAACCAUUUAUCCGGAGAAAUCCCAAGGAGUUAUGGGAGAUUGGCUCAGCUAAAUUUUCUUGAUUUAUCAAAUAACAACUUCAGUGGAAGUAUUCCUAAAGAGCUUGGUGAUUGUGAUCGUUUACUGAGUCUCAAUUUAAGCCAUAACAAUGUAUCUGGGGAGAUACCAAAUGAACUUGGCAAUCUGUUCUCACUGCAAAUCAUGUUGGACAUCAGCAGCAACUCUCUUUCUGGGGCUCUUCCCCAAAACCUUGAAAAGUUAACUGCAUUGGAGAUUCUCAAUGUGUCACACAACUAUCUAUCAGGGACAAUCCCACGAUCAUUUUCAAGCAUGCUCAGCCUUCAAGCUAUUGAUUUUUCUUACAACAAAUUGAGUGGUUCAAUCCCCACAGGUCGUGUUUUCCAGACAGCGACUGCUGAAGUCUAUGCUGGAAACUCAGGUUUGUGCGGUGAGAUAAAAGGAUUAAUUUGCCCCAAAUCACUUUCUCCGGACAAAUCUGGAGGAGUUAACAAAAAGGUUCUUCUUGGUGUUAUCAUACCAGUUUUUGCCUUAUUAAUCGGGAUAGUUAGUGUUGGAGUAAUACUUCGCCGCCGGCAUGACAUGAAACACCUUGAUGAAGAGUCCAAAAGCCUUGAAAAAGAUGAUGAGCCAAUUAGCAUGGUCUGGGGAAGAGAUGGAAAAUUCACAUUCUCUGAUCUUGUUAAGGCCACCAAUGACUUCAAUGACAAGUACUGCAUUGGAAAAGGAGGAUUCGGAAGUGUUUAUAGAGCACAAUUACUCACGGGUCAAGUCGUUGCUGUCAAGAAGCUCAACUUAUCCGACUCUGAUGACAUUCCAGCAAUGAACCGCCAGAGCUUUCUGAAUGAGAUAGAAGCACUUACAGGAGUGAGGCACCGCAAUAUAAUAAAGCUUUAUGGGUUCUGUUCUUGCAGGGAACAAAUGUUCUUGGUUUAUGAAUAUAUAAACAGAGGAAGUUUAGCAAAAGUGUUGUAUGGAGAGGAAGGAAAGUCGGAGCUAAGCUGGGCCACAAGGCUAAAAAUUGUGGAAGGAAUAGCACAUGCAAUUUCAUACCUGCACACAGAUUGCUCCCCACAAAUUGUGCACCGGGAUGUAACACUGAAUAACAUUCUACUAGACUCCGAUUUUGAACCUCGUCUUUCAGAUUUUGGCACAGCAAAGCUACUAAGCUCAGACACUUCAACUUGGACCUCAGUUGCUGGAUCCUAUGGCUACAUGGCUCCAGAACUAGCACAAACAAUGAAAGUGACGGAGAAGUGUGACGUGUAUAGUUUUGGAGUGGUGGUGAUGGAGAUAAUGAUGGGAAAGCAUCCUGGAGAACUGUUGGGUACACUAUCUUCGAACAAGUAUUUGUCAUCAACGGAGGAACCACAGGUGCUACUGAAGGACGUGCUAGACCAAAGGCUUGCACCUCCAACAGGGCAAUUGGCAGAAGCAGUAGUGUUCACAAUGACCAUAGCUUUGGCAUGCACACGUGAGGCUCCAGAGUCCAGACCCAUCAUGCGUGCUGUGGCACAAGAACUAUCGGCAACUACUCAGGCCUAUCUUUCCCAGCCAUUUGCCAUGAUAACCUUGAACAAGCUUAGAAGCUUUCAGAAAUAGUUUAAUGUAGAACUAUCCCUGUGGGUUGUCUGUGUUCUGUUGAUAUUUUAAUCUCAAAUAUUUAGUCCCGGUUGUAAUGUUAUAUUUAAAGUUGAAAGUUAGAAAUAGAAUUUUAUGA